UUUUGCAUUCUCGCAUCGUGCCCACCACACGAUACUAUCAGCCGCUCGCAUGAUAUUGAAAGAAUCAGUAACGAAAUGCAGGAACUUUACAAAAGUUCAAGCGGAGCAGUCAGUACAGUGUAUUUGUCAGGAAAUCCAGGAUGUGGCAAGAGCCAUCUUGCCCGGGAAAUCGGACAAGAGUUCUUUUCUGAACAAAACAAUGAUCUUAUCUUUGUGGCAACACUGAACACAGAAAGCCUUGACAAACUUGCUGACUCUUACCUCAGCCUUGGGAGACACUUGGGGAUAACAGAAUACGCGUUGACAGACUUAGAAUCUAUAAAAGAAGAGAAACCUAUUGAAGCAAUUGAACAGCUCCAUCGCUUGAUUUUGCCGAAGACCAGCAGGUUUACCAAAUGGUUGAUAAUAGCAGACAAUGUGAUUGAUUUACGCUCGGUCCGCCAUUUGCUUCCUCAAACUGGCAGUAAAGAAUGGGGCCAUGGGCAAGUGCUGAUUACCACUCAAGUUAGUGGUACAAUUCCUCAACACGCUCCUCACACGUAUCAUGAAUCGUUAAGCAAAGGAAUGAGGCGGGACGAAGCAGUGGAAUUGCUGGAAACAGUAUCACAAAUUUCCGAGCGAGUCCAAGCAGAAAAUGUCGCUGAACUUCUCGAUUUUCAGCCACUGGCCUUAGCUGCUGCUGCUUAUUUCGUGCAAACUGUUGUGACCAGUGGGUCUUCAAAUUAUAAUUGGAAAGCAUACCUUCAAGACAUAUCAACAUACACCCAGCGAAAAUUGGCCGAAACUGUCCUUGCUAAUGAGAGUUCAGCCUACGCUAAAACAACAAUGGCCGCAGUAGAAAUGGCUAUCCAAAGAGCUGUUGAAACAGACGAGGUUCUUCUUCAUACAUACUCUUUUCUUUCGCUCUGCGCUAACGACGACCUACCACUCGAAACUGUUUCAAAGUUCGUCAAAGCCCAAGUAAAGGGCCAUCAAGAGGUUUUAAUAAAGGCAAAGAUUGUAAGGUCCUCUUUAACUCUUGUUCAUUCCGAAGAAGGGGGUGAACGAACUUAUUUACGUUUACAUAAAGUUGUGUAUGACGCUUUGAAACGAUGCAAGAUAGCUAACCUGAAAUCAUACCGGGAGAGUGAUCACACCAUAGCAGAAGCGGUAAAGAUUUUCAAGUCCCAACUCAAAGAAAAUGACGAGAAUUAUGCGUUUUGUAAAAAACUGAGGCCCCACUGUGAAUCUUUACUUAAUCAGAUGACCUCAGAUGAAAGCACCUUUUCAGAAAGGUUUGCGCCCUUCAUAGAUUUGGAUACAAUUAUUGAUUGGCUACAUACUCUCGCCUGGGUCUGUCAAAAAAGCUCCUAUUUCUACUUUGCGAAAAUUGUUGUCAACUUAGCAUACGAUCUACUGGGGAAUUUAGACGACAAUUCAACUGGUGCGUUUGCUCGUAAAGGGAGGGUUUUAAAUGUAAGUGGCGAAGUGUACCACAGCCUGGGAGAAUACAAUCAAGCCAAAGAACUUCACGAAAAAGCACUGAUAAUUCGCAAAAAGAUUUUUGGUGAAGAUCAUGCAGAUGUAGCAACAAGUUAUAACAACUUUGCAAAAGUGUAUAACCGCCUGGGAGAAUACAAUCAAGCCAAAGAACUUCACGAAAAAGCACUGAUAAUUUACAAAAAGAUUUUUGGCGAACAUAAUGCCAAUGUAGCAACAAGUUAUAACAACUUGGCAUUAGUGUACGACAAACUGGGAGAAUACAAUGAAGCCAAAGAACUUCACGAAAAAGCACUGUUAAUUCGCAAAAAGAUUUUUGGUGAAGAUCAUGCCGAUGUAGCAACAAGUUAUAACAACUUGGCAUUAGUGUACGACACUCUGGGAAAAUACAAUCAAGCCAAAGAACUUCACGAGAAAGCACUGAUUCUUUACAAAAAGAUUUUUGGCGAAGAUCAUGCCAAUGUAGCUACAAGUUAUAACAACUUGGCAUUAGUGUACGACAAACUGGGUGAAUACAAUGAAGCCAAAGAACUUCACGAAAAAGCACUGAUUCUUUACAAAAAGAUUUUGGGUGAACAUCAUGCCAAUGUAGCAACAAGUUAUAACAACUUGGCAUUAGUGUACGACACCCUGGGAGAAUACAAUCAAGCCAAAGAACUUCACGAGAACGCACUGAUAAUUCGCAAAAAGAUUUUUGGUGAAGAUCAUGCCGAUGUGGCAGCAAGUUAUAACAACUUGGCACUAGUGUAUAUCCGCCUGGGGGAAUACAAUCAAGCCAAAGAACUUCACGAAAAAGCACUGGUAAUUCGCAAAAAGAUUUUUGGUGAAGAUCAUGCCGAUGUAGCAGCAAGUUAUAACAACUUGGCAUCAGUGUACGACACCCUGGGAGAAUACAUUCAAGCCAAAAAACUUGGCGAGAAAGCACUGAUAAUUCGCAAAAAGAUUUUUGGUAAAGAUCAUGCCGAUGUAGCAACAAGUUAUGACAACUUGGCACUAGUGUAUAACCGCCUGGGAGGAUACAAUCAAGCCAAAGAACUUCAUGAAAAAGCACUGAUAAUUCGCAAAAAGAUUUUUGGUGAAGAUCAUGCCGAUGUAGCAACAAGUUAUGACAACUUGGCGUUAGUGUAUAACCGCCUGGGAGAAUACAAUCAAGCCAAAGAACUUCACGAGAAAGCACUGAUAAUUCGCAAAAAGAUUUUUGGUGAAGAUCAUGCCGAUGUAGCAGGAAGUUAUGACAACCUGGCAUUAGUGUACGACCGCCUGGGAGAAUACAAUCAAGCCAAAGAACUUCACGAAAAAGCACUGAUAAUUCGCAAAAAGAUUUUUGGUGAAGAUCAUGCCGAUGUAGCAACAAGUUAUGAAAACUUGGCAUCAGUGUAUAUCCGCCUGGGAGAAUACAAUCAAGCCAAAGAACUUCACGAAAAAGCGCUGUUAAUUCGCAAAAAGAUUUUGGUGAAGAUCAUGCCGAUGUAGCAACAAGUUAUAACAACUUGGCAUCAGUGUAUAACCGCGUAGGACAAUAUUAUUAAGCCAAGAAACUUUACGAAAAAGCGCUAACGAUUAGGAAACAAAUUUUCGGUGAAGAUCAUAAGUAUGUAGAAAGAAUUCGUAGUGAGUUGGCAUUAGUAAACAAACACCUUCUAAGCAGUGGAGCUGAAGAUCGGCUCGACAAAGCAUGUUGUUUGAUCCUAUAAAUUGUCUUAAUUGGCAAUUUAGUCUGCGUAGUAGUCGCUUCUGUCACCUGUUAGCCAAAUAAGGUGAUUCCUUUCCUUUUUUGCCCCUUCACUCUGUUUCUAUUUUUUGCUCCCUCUUAUGCACCUUCAAUCGGCGACAAAAUGAGUUGAGACACUUCGCCCAAAACUGGGCUUUUUUACGUUUUACUAACUUCGAAAGGAGGAAAUAUAGCAUUCCUCUCCCAUCCCCUCCGUGCAAUGUUGUGCCCUUGUUCUAGCUACCUAUAGAAAACAACUCACACCCCAACUUUGAAUGGAGGGGACAGGGGAGGGGUGCGGAAUCUUUUGUUCUCCGAAGUUACCCUAUUCGAGUACAAUGUCUCAACAGUUUUGUCGCCGAUUGUUGCCCUCGCGCGUCUGGUGUGCUUUUCCCACUCAGCUAAAAGGAAACGGAGACGACUGCUACGCAAGAGGGUUGGAGGAUCCCUAAUAAGUUAUUCGGUAUCCGAGAUUUGGCUUAUUCUUAGGCUGGGAUACUGAAUUUUAGGGAAUUGGAGAGGGAGAUGCGGAAUUGUAAUAUUACUAGCCCACUAUAAACGGGAUACGAGAGUUUGCGAUUUAAUUCAUGACUAGCGAUUCGGGAAAUGUUGUUGAAGAGAACUGGUAUCCCAUACUCAAGAAAAAAAGAAAACCUUUUUAUGUAUGUCAUGAAAGGUAUUGCUCAUCGUGGCUGUAUAAAGGGUUUCGUUUAUCGUUUUAUGUAUGUACGCGUGCGUGAAAAGAUGGCAGAUAAAGUAAUUCGCCAUCCAGAUUCCGUUUUUGAUGGAUUUCCGAACAUGUAUUUUAUAAUUGACUUUAAGGCGAGACUGGAAGAGAAUCAAAGAGGUGAUGUUGAAAACACACAGAAAGCUGCAAAUGAAGAACUGCAUUGUUUCACGCCCAAAGACUUGCUACAAAAAAUAUUUAGUUUACGUCAUGUAGAAAUUUAUGUGAGACAACAACAACAACAACGAGCUUUAAUUUGUAUGACCAUACAAGUUCAUACUGUAUAACAAAAGCCAUUUUAAGAAUAAAAAUUACAUCAUAUGGCAAUUACGUUACUUUGGCAAUAAUUUGUCACGAACAUCAAAGCAAGCUGAAAUAUAUUUUAUGAAUUGUAUAUUGAUAAAGCAGUGGCGGAUCCAGGGGAGGAGCCCGGGGGCCCCUUCUCCCUUCCCCCUUAUUUUUAGACCAAACUGAGGCCUGAAAGGCCGAAAAUAUUUUGUUUGGAGACCGCUCCUCCCCUUAUCUAAGGGCCUAGGUGACCGCCUCCCCCACCCCCUGCCCCCCUUCUCUGAAUGGUCUGGUCUGGUCUGGAUCCGCCACUGUAAAGUUAUUAGAGAAGUUCAUGAGUUUAUUGAUCGCAAUGUUUACAGGUAACCUGGAGAUAUUUGGAAUUAGAGUCUUGAUUUUAUAGUAGCCUCAUUAUGGGGUACAAAGACAUCUCCACACUACUUGGUUAUGAAAAAUCACCUUGCAUGAUCUUAAGGGUGGGCGUUAUGUUUCUUUUGUUUAUCAGGCCGGAGGAGUAAAGAAAAAAAAGAAUUUCCUGAGAGGUGGGCUUAAAACUUAAACACCUUUAUGUGGAUGAGAUGCGGUUUCUUUCUGGAUCAGCUUAUCACUGAAAUUUACCCACACCAAUUACAAUGUCAAUCAACAGGGGCACUUUCUUAUUUGGCCUUAACCUGUAGAUGCCGCUAAAUAGUGUAUGGUUUGGCCAUGGGGGCUGUUAGUCUUAAAAAGGGUAGACAAUUUCACUACAUUCAAAGUUCUUGAAAGUAACCAUCUCGGAAAUUCGAAAAAGUGGUUGCAACUAGAGAUGGUCAUUUACGAGAAAUACGACCUUGAGAUAAACUUAUGGAGAGCGGCCGCUUACAAGGGAUUUUAGCAAAAGGCUUGGCAUUUGUUGUUUAUACCACAUUCAGGUGAAAUAAUUUUAAUUGGGAUCUUUUCUUAUUAAUUUGUUCACUCGAUGUUAACCAACCAUGCCCUAUGUUAUGGUAUAAACCUAAAUUUACUCAAGGAGUUAGUCCUUUUAUUCAUCAAGUGUUGACUACGUGGUCAUUGCUUUCGAAAACUUACUAUUCUCUUCUCCUUCUGUCUACUCAUUUCCAGUCAAUUCAAUUUUAUUCACACUUUGAAUUGAAUUGGACAAAGAUAUGACCAGCUUCUACUUGGAAAAAGUUGGCUUUGUUUUGUUUUGUUUUUUUUUUUUAAUUGCGACUCAUCUUCAUCCUGGUCCUGCAUGCGCACAUACUCCCCCCACCCACCGUCACCCCACCCGGGAACUCCGGGGACUCCAAUUUGAAAAUCAUGACGGGGAUGCUCGUCGCCUCGCUUAGCUAUAGAAAUAGGAGAUUUUGUUUUCACUUAGGGUGUUCAGGACGGUAAGCCAAUAUUUUUUACCUAUGAAGGCAUUGGUCUGGGCAGGAGCCCAUCAAAUGAUUAUGAUGAUGAUGAUGGGCUCCUGCUCUGGGUUACGGACAAAUAAAUAGCUAUAUGAAAACAACCAAAUUUUGUCUCCUUUUGGAGCCAAGCCAAGAUUGGUCUCCUUUAGGGGCUUAAGACAUAAUCCAUCAGGAAAUAGAGUAAUUUUAAUUUUCAGUGGACAAAAACCUUGUAUCAGAAUAAUUUAAACAACAUUGCAUUCUUUUUACAUUUUUCAAGGGUUAUCCAUGUAAUUAUUUAUCUUUAAUAACACCAAAGACUAUUUCUCAUUGGAGCCCGAGAAAAUAACUGUCAAAUUUCACAAUAAUUGUGAUAACACGGGUAAAAUUCUGAAAAUUUCAUGUGAAAGAUGUCAUUUUGUGGAAUUGGACAUUUGUUUUCUCGGGCUCUCAUGAGAAAUUUUCUUUGAUGUUAUUACAGAUAACUAAUUACAUCACUGAAAAUUAAAAUUGCUCAAUUUCCUGAUGGAUUCCGUCUUAAUUCUAAUUUUCCGACUAGCAUACGCCUCCUUUUUCGAGGAGAGUUCCCACCCUCCAGGCCACGGCUCCGUAGUUUUUACAAAUAGCGUGACUGUCCAAAAUAACGUGACCGUCUGUAUUAUUGGUCACGUGACAGCAACUUCCUUCAGGUCACUUUCAUUUUCUGCAGUUCCGCUUCUUCAUCGUACGGUAUUAUCUCAUGCGUUAUUAAAUCCAAUUUCCUUGGGUUCUUUUGGGCAAGGUGAGUAAUUUUUUCCUUGGUUAGUCGGGUUCACAUAGUCACAGAGUAAUCCACGCAAAUUUUGUUGGUCUUAGUUUUACAUAAUAGGAAGUUUUGUAUGUGCUGGCCGUUUAUAAAGAUCUACUUGUCGUUAAAAGCCGGAUCAAGAGUUUUAACAUCGUCGUGUUUGGUCCGACGGUUUGAUGGCUUCGGCAUAGGUAAUUAUUGCCACUGUCUUGAGCACUAUUCGGUGCGUGGUGUAGAGUUUGUGGUGAAGAAAACAGUUCAUUUGUUAUGACUUUCUUGUUCUUCGAAACCGUUAUAAUGUUCUUCAGACAACAUUUGCCGUGAGUACACUUCCUUGUUCGUCUGCGAGGUUACUGAAGAAUGGAUCAUCAUGACCGCUUAAGGUCGCUCUGUCGCUAAAAAUACGUGCAUAAAGGGGUCGUUACCAUCCCAUAGCCUGAAUAAUACAUCGAUCACAGUGGGUCAAUCGUUGUCCACGAAAGAUUUUUUCAUGUUUGGAACACUACCAAAUCAUCAUUUGCAAUUAUUUGGGUGCUGUGAUGUCUGGGUCAUAUUCAUAAAUUUCAUCCCUGUCAGUCCUGUAAGUGGCUAACUUAAAAUUUCAGAAAAACAACCACAAAAAAAAGGUAAAAAUUCUCGCAAAGAGAACGGCCAAAGAAGGAGAGUUUUCAUUUAAAUGGUAUCACUAUUACUAAACAUACAAGUCUGCGCACGUGGACAUAUAUUUCCAGUCGUCUCUCGUUACUUUUCGGGUGGAGAGUUAAAACUAGUUAUUAAAGCGACGACCGGAAUCGUACGUAGUUCCCACGCAGACUCGCGUUCUUAGGGCUUCGUUACGCGUUUAGAACGUCUGCGUGAUUGCACCGUUAAAAGGUCCACAGGUGCAAAUUAAAACAACGGGUCAUCUCACCAUAACUCGGUCUAGGAGUGAAAGGAAUAAAAGCUAAAAGAAAUUUUCGUGUAAUUUUUUUUAAGACUAAGAAUUAACAAUUUCAGUGGCAAAAAAAUGAUGAACUUUGAGAGAACUUUUGUAAAACCCACCUUGUUCUCUUUUGCUAUAUUUUCGUCAUCUCCCCCCCCCUCUCUGCGCACUCUUUUCCUGUCUAUGGGACGGUAGUGCUACUCGUAACACCCACACCUUACCAUUCUCGACUCCAGAGCUUGGUUUUUUAGGGGUGGAGUAGUGGAGGGGGGGACAAGGGAGAAGCUCUGGGGUCGACAAUGCUUGCAUACAAACAGGAUUUAUCUCCUUCCUACUUUUUAUCCUUCGUUCACUCAAGUAAUAUUUACCUUUAGAGUAUCUGUUACCCUCAACUUGCCAUUCAAUUGAGGCGCUAGUCGAAACGGCCUACAGCACACACACAAACAAAAUAAUUGUACUGCACUAAUUCAAAUAGACUUUUAGGGUGCGUUUCUUUACUAAAAUCCAAAUCCAGGUUUUUAAUCCAACAACGGAUUUUUCGUUUCUUUCAUAAAACCCAAAAAGGGAUUAUUGAUCCAAAUGAUCCACAGCGGAGGUGGAUUCUUUGGAUCGUAUCCAAAACCGGAUACACGAUACAUGAUCCGAGUCGUUUCUACUACGGAUCCGAAAAGAUUAAUACUCAGCAAUAACUGCCAGCGGUAACUCGAAAGUGUUUGACAACACUGCUCAUCUUUACGGCCAUUUUUGUACCUGAGGCAUGGAUUAAACAACAACUUUUAUCUGUUUAUCGGGGUGAUAACAUUGCAAUACGAACAGGACCUACAUUGUUGUAGUUCACAAGGACAACUCUAGGAAAAAACUGCUACACAACUUCGCGGGGCGUCUUGCAAGACGUUACUUUUCCAGUGCAUAUCUUAUUUCAAGACUCAUCUUCACUUGUCCCGUCUAAAGCUGUAUCAUGAAGCUAACCAUCCAAAAUACAAUGAAAGAUCAGCAAACUUGCAACAUUGUCAGCAGCAGUGUUAUUCUUUCUCCAAGCAGGAUACCGUCACUGAAUAUUGUGGGUCGUUGCUAUACAAAUGAAUGAAAAAUAAUUGUUCUUUGGAUACAUCGUUUCUUUUCUUAACGAUCUUCUGAUCUCGGAUUUUAGUAAAGAAAUGCACCCUUAGUUUUCACUGGUUGGUUUUAAAAAUGGUCUAAUAGACGUCUCCACUCAAAUAAACGCCUCUUGUCUGAUAACCUCGAUCCACCCCCGCCCCCUUCCCCCCAUUCUGUUAGGUUUGUAUUGGACGCCUCUCAAACGAACGCCCUCCUGUCUAAUAGUCUUCAUCCCAUGAAAAUUACUCCAUAAUACUAGGAAAAGUGACACAGAGCAACAUAAUUCAAUUAGCUGGUAUUCAGUUUCUUGUUUAACUAAAACGGUUUGCACAUUGCAUUUUGCUCCAGUGAGAAAAGCGCUGUAUGAUUUUCUCGAUGUGCACAAUACGUCAGCAAACUUCUUCCGGCCAGUUCUAGUUCGGUAACAUUAAGGAAUGACAAGACCCGCUUCCCCAGUCGUCUCUUAGUCUCCUAUUAAUAAUGAACUUAUGCACAGGACAGGAUAGGAAAGACGGCAAACUUGUGUGACCAGCGUGACAUUAAUAAUUUUGUUUGAAACAACGUUUCGUCAAAGUUAGCCCUCCUUUCAGUCCUUUAAACAGAUCUUUUAGUAAAUGACCAGAAAACUUUUAUGUGAAGUGAAGAUCAUAAUAAAGCACACAAUUAAUAGCCUUGUCUUGUUUGUCACACACAAGCGUUAGCGCGUUGUGCGUCCUCUCCUUCCUGCCGUCCCGUUGCGUAAACUCGAUAAUAUUAACGUGAAAAGCGCGGGGGGAGAGUUUAGGCUGCGGGGACAUAGUCUUUCCCUUUCGUUUUCCUCCUUCCCAUCAACCCUCGCUCUCCCUUCAGUCACGUGUGCGAUCCAAACAGAGACGACUGAGGACGAGUCAACCCCCUUUCUAUCCCCCCACCCCUCCCCACCCCUUGGAACUUUAAACUAAAUAAACAAAUCUUUAAAGUACGUCAUGAGCGAAGCACCCGGCAAGCAAGUUGUGUUUCAAGCUUACGAGUGGUCGCUUAUCUAAACGAAUAGCCUAAAACUGUAGAUACUUAAUCUGCCGUCUCUUAUUUAACGGAGUUCAUAAUUGGUUACUAGCUUUUCAUAAUCUUUUGCGAUUCCUGUGUUCAUCACCGGUCUCUAGUUGACAUUUUCAAUAAGAAUAAGUAAACAACCUAUUUUUGACCUGACUGAAAAUAAGUUAAAAACAAAUAUCUCUCACAGGAUUGUAAGUUGGUCAGAUGGAAUACUCACAAGAGCAACUAAACUACUUCAGACUCUGUUACAUAGCAUUUGAUUUGGUUCCAGUGGGGCUGCGGCAGAUUUUCAAAAACGAAUGGGAUUUCCUCUAUAAAGCAACGUCAAUUGGAGAAUGGAAAGACACGGCACAAAAUGGUCGUGAUUUCUACAACAAUGAAUCUAAAGCAAGUCACAAGAAAAACGCCCGUUGUCUGGCAACAAUCCACAAUGGUAACACGGCAAAGUGGGACUGUACCUGUUUGUUUUUUGCCAUCCUGUACUCAGACACCGUUGGCACCACUUUAAGCCCAGCUGUCUAUAAAGUGGUUGAUGAUAUUCGUCAGGUGCGAAACGAGAUCGCUCAUAUCACCGAGGCUAAAUUGACAGAUGCCGACUUCAGAACUUCUGUAGACAGACUGUUGAACGAUUUUACAUCCCUAGGUCUUGCUAUAACUGAGAUUCAAGAAAUAAAGAACCAGACGACGUUUCCAACCAUGGAAGUGGAAAAGAUUAAGAAAGAAGCUCGUAAUCUCCAAGCCGAGUUAGACCUGACAAAAAGCACUCUUCAAAGUACCGAAGCUGCCCUGGUUUCUCUCACACAGGAAAUAAGUGUGGAACUGCAGCCAUUUUGCAUUCUCGCGUCGCGCCCACCACAUGAUAUCAUCAUCCGCUCGCAUGACAUUGAAAGGAUCACUAACAAAAUGGAGGAACUUAACAAUGGCUCUAGCGGAACAGUCAGUACAGUGUAUUUGUCAGGAAAUCCAGGAUGUGGCAAGAGCCAACUUGCGCGGGAAAUUGGACAGAAGUUCUUUUCUGAACAAACUGAUAAUCUUAUCUUUGCUGCGACAAUAAACACAGAAAGCGUUGAGACACUUGCUGACUCUUACCUCACCCUUGGAAGACACUUAGGGAUAACAGAAUACGCGUUGACAAGCUUGGAAUCUUUAAAAAGAGAGAAACCUAUUGAAGCAAUUCAAACACUUCAUCGCUUGAUUUUGCCGAAGACCAGCAAGUUCAUCAAAUGGUUGAUAAUAGCGGACAAUGUGACUGACUUACGUUUAGUCCGCGACUUACUACCUCAAACUGGCAGUAAGGAAUGGGGCCAUGGGCAAGUGCUGAUUACCACCCAAGAUAGUGGUACAAUUCCUCAAAACGCUCCUCACACGUAUCAUGAAUCGUUAAGUAAAGGAAUGAGGCGGGAAGAGGCGGUGGAAUUGCUAGAAACAGUAUCGCAAAUUUCAGAGCCAGUACAAGCAGAAAAUGUCGCGGAACUUCUCGAUUUUCAGCCACUGGCCUUAGCUGCUGCUGCUUAUUACGUACAAACUGUUGUGACCAGUGGGUCUUCAAAUUAUGAUUGGAAAGCAUACCUUCAAGACGCAUCAACAUACAGUCAACGUAAAGAGGCGGAAACUGUCCUUGCUAAUGAGAGUUCAGCCUAUGAUAAAACAACAAUGGCCGCCGUAGAAAUGGCUAUCCAAAGAGCUGUUGACACAGACGAGGUUCUUCGUCAUGCAUUCUCUUUUCUUUCGUUCUGCGCUAACGAUGAUCUUCCACUCGAAACUGUUUUAAAAUUCGUCAAAGCCCAAGGAAAGGACCAUCAAGAGGUUUUAAUGAAGGCAAAGAUUGUAAGGUCUUCCUUAAGUCUUGUUCAUUCCGAAGAUGGGGGUGAGCGAACUUAUUUACGUUUGCACAAAGUUGUGCAUGAAGUUUUGAAACGAGGCGAGAUGUUUAACUUGAAAUCACGGAAGAGGGACCACACCAUGGCAGAAGCGGUAAAGAUUUUCAAGGUUGAGCUCGACGAAAAUGACGAGAAUUAUGCGUUUUGUAAAACAUUGAGGCCCCACUGUGAAUCUGUACUUAAGUACAUGACGUCAGAGUUUAGUUUGGAUGAAAGCACUUUUGUAGAACGGUUUACGCCCUUCGUAGAUUUGGAUACAGUUAUUGAUUGGCUAUAUACUCUCGCCAGUGUCUGUGAGAAAAACUCUUAUAUCUUCUUUGCGAAAAAUGUGGUCGACCUAGCAUGCAACCUACUGGGAAACAUAGAGGACACUUCAACAGGUGCGUUAACUCGUAAAGGGAGGGUUUUGAACAUGACUGGCAAAGUGUACAAUAGCCUGGGAGAGUACAAUCAAGCCAAAGAAUUUCACGAAAAAGCACUGAUGAUUCGCAAAAAGAUUUUUUGUGAGGAUCAUGCCGAUGUAGGAGAGAGUUAUAACGACUUAGCAUUAGUUUGCAGCAGCCUGGGAGAAUACAAUCAAGCCAAAGAACUUCACGUAAAAGCACUAACGAUUCGCAAAAAGAUUUUUGGUGAAGAUCAUGCCGAUGUAGCAACAAGUUAUAACGACUUGGCAAUAGUGUACAACAGCCUGGGAGAGAACAGUCAAGCCAAAAAACUUCACGAAAAAGCACUAAUGAUUAACAAAAAGAUUUUUGGUGAAGAUCAUGCAAAUGUAGCAACAAGUUACAACAACUUGGCAUUAGUGUACAGCCACCUGGGAGAAUACAAACAAGCCAAAGAACUUCACGAAAAGGCACUGAUGAUUUACAAAAAGAUUUUUGGUGAAGAUCAUGCCGAUGUAGCAACAAGUUAUAACAACUUGGCAUUAGUUUACAACCACCUAGGAGAAAACAGUCAAGCCAAAGAACUUCAUGAAAAAGCACUGAAGAUUUACAAAAAGAUAUUUGGUGAAGAUCAUGCCAACGUAGCAACAAGUUAUAGCAACUUGGCUUUGAUGUACAAACGCCUGGGAGAAUUCAGUCAAGCCAAAGAACUUUACGAAAAAGCACUGAUAAUUAGAAAACAAAUAUUUGGUGAAGAUCAUGUGUAUGUAGAAACAGUUCGUAGUCAGUUGGCAUUAGUAAACAAACACCUU